AUGAGGUCCCAGCGAGGUCUGGAGGUGAGGCCUGGAGGUGAGGCCCAGCCCAGGCCAGAGGGAAAGCCGAGGCGCUGGACCUGUCCCUGCCCGUAUUCCCGGUGCUGGGAAGGAGGAUGGACGAGCAGAACCGGCUGCUACAGACUAGGGGAGCCGGGGCCGGAGCGCCAGCGGGAGCCGGGGCUGGAGGAGGAGGAGGAGGAGGUGGCGGUGGCGGCGGCGGUGCCGGGAGGAUCAGGUCCCGGGCACUCAGUCCAGAGCGGCCUUCAGCCACUGUUGGCUGGGCACCUUCACGAAACAGCCACGGAUAACGGGGAAGGCAGGAAACAGGACAUUGGAGACAUCCUCCACCAGAUCAUGACCAUCACUGACCAAAGCCUGGACGAAGCUCAAGCCAAGAAACAUGCCCUGAACUGUCACAGAAUGAAACCUGCCCUCUUCAGUGUUUUGUGUGAGAUUAAAGAAAAGACUGGUCUCAGUAUUCGCAGCAGUCAGGAGGAGGAACCUGUGGACCCCCAGCUGAUGCGAUUGGACAACAUGCUGCUGGCGGAGGGGGUAGCCGGGCCGGAGAAAGGCGGUGGCUCGGCGGCGGCCGCGGCCGCAGCCGCAGCAUCCGGGGGCAUCUCACCCGAUAACUCAAUCGAGCACUCGGACUACCGGGCGAAGCUGGCCCAGAUCCGGCAGAUCUACCACACCGAGCUGGAGAAAUACGAGCAGGCCUGCAGUGAGUUUACGACACACGUGAUGAACCUCCUGAGGGAGCAGAGUCGAACGAGGCCCAUCUCCCCAAAGGAAAUCGAGCGGAUGGUCGGGAUAAUCCACCGGAAGUUCAGCUCCAUCCAGAUGCAGCUAAAACAGAGCACUUGCGAGGCGGUCAUGAUCCUCCGGUCCCGGUUCCUGGACGCCAGGAGAAAGAGACGUAACUUCAGCAAGCAGGCCACAGAGAUUCUGAACGAAUACUUUUACUCUCACCUCAGUAACCCUUACCCCAGUGAGGAGGCCAAGGAAGAGCUGGCAAAGAAGUGUGGUAUCACUGUAUCGCAGGUAUCCAACUGGUUUGGAAACAAGCGAAUCCGAUAUAAGAAGAACAUUGGUAAGUUCCAGGAGGAGGCUAACAUUUACGCUGUUAAGACCGCCGUCAGUGCUACAGCUGCCUCCCAGAACAGCCAAGCAAACUCGCCCACCACUCCCACCUCUGCAGGUUCCUCUGGAUCGUUUAAUCUAUCCGGCUCUGGUGACAUGUUCAUGGGAAUGCAAGGGUUAAAUGGGGAUUCAUAUCCUGGGGCUCAGGUGGAGUCACUACGUCACUCCCUGAACCAGACUGGGAGCUACGGUGAGGGACUGGGUGUCAGUCAGAUCUACAGCCCCCGGGAUGUGAGGGCUAAUGGAGGGUGGCAGGAUGCAACCACUCCCUCUUCAGUGACAUCGCCUACGGAAGGUCCCGGAAGCGUGCACUCGGAUACCUCCAACUGAUCUCCCCCAACAAACCCACCCCCACCCAGGCGACGGAACCGUGUGACCCCCCCCCCAACCCCCUUGGCCCGAUGGGCUCGCUCCAAGAGCUGGCCAACCAGAAGAGAAGACGACUAUAAAGGAGAGAUGAGAAGUUUGGGGGCGGGUGGAGAUUUUUAAGAAAAAACACACACACAAGGAGAAGGAAAGAAAUGGGGGUGGGGUAUGGGUGAUGUUGAUACUAACCAACCACCUUAUGUUUCGCUGUAAAACCUUUACCUUCAGUGUGACGAUAAAAGGAAAGGAUGCUAUAAAGGAUGGAGGUGAAGAAAGAAACAGCAAGAGGCAAGGCUUCAGUGUGCACCGUUUGCAGUGGCAAUGGGUCCUGUAGACCACGCCGCAUCGCCCACUGUGGUCUGAACUGAGUCAGUACCAAGUACCAAAGGUAGUUGGGGGGCGGGGGGAGGUGGCAGCCAAGUGCCAACCCAGCUAUGAAAAAUGGUGCAUUUGCUAUUUCUCAUCAUCGGGACGCUGUCCACGCUACGGGUGUGCCGGAGCCAGCCCAAUAGGAGGAGGAGGCGGCGACAGGCCUGGGACUCGGGCUGUUAGGCGGACUCUGGGAGACUUUUCAGUUUGUCGGCUGUAUGUGAACCAGCUGACUGGUUCCCCGCCCCAGUCCCAUCUCCGCGCUCCCGAUACUGUG